GCUGUGUCCUCGCCUCCUCCAGAACCUUCACACUUGAAUGAGAAUUUGGACUGCGGCAAAGGCAAAGUCUACAACCCUCAGCAGGUCCAGAACUGCAUCAAGGAGAUCCUGUCCCAGUACAGCAACGGCUUCUGGUUGUCCAAGCUGCCGCAGAUCUACAAAGAGCUUUAUAAACAGGAGCUGCCAACCGAGGCCAUUCGAGACCUGGAGACCUGGAAGCACAUUUGCACUGUAGAGAGAACAUGCGGCAGUAACCCAUCUGAGCUUCUUCUCUACCCUGCCAAGGAGCAGACCGCCACAACCGCUUCCGCUGGUGUCCCGCCUUCCAUCCCCCCAUCAGACAAGCCCCCGCAGUCCCCUGAGCACCAGAGACCCCAACUUAAACGCUCCGGCUCGCACCCUCCUCCGUCAGAGUCCCCUCCAUCGCCUCUUCCCCUCUCCCCGCCGGCUUCCCUUAGCCCCGAGCUGAAGCAGAAACUGGAGGAUCUGCUGCAGAAGUAUUCCAGCGGCCUGUGGGCCCACGCGCUGCCGAAGCUCUUCCAGGACACGUAUAAAGUCAGUCGGGAGGGA